CCCUAGGAGGAGCGGCCUCCGGGGCCCCGCGGACCCAGACUCCUGCGAUUCCGGGGGUCGGCCGGGGCCAGUCGUUCAUCACUGAAAAUGCACGUUUAAAGCUGUACAGUGUGAAGGCCAUGUGAGGACAGUGAGAAGGUGGCCACCUGCAACCCAGAGGGAGAACAUCAACCCUCCUGGCACCUUGAACUUGGACCUCCAGCCUCCAAAACCGUGAGGAAGAUGUUCUGCUGUCUAAGCCACUCAGCCUGUGGCAUUUUGCUCUUGCAACGCAGCUGAAACAGGGAGAAAGUCUUUGAUGGGUAGUAGCAAAGUCUGACCAAUUCCUGUGAUGGAAGGUGCAGUAGGACAGUAAGAGAGCUAUGGGGCCUCUUUUUUAAUGGAAAGUCUCAAACUCACAAAAGCAGAGAGGACCUAACAAACCCCACAUGCCCAUCAGCCAGCUUCAGCAAUUCCGGCCAGCUUCGGGCCCUUCGCCGGCCCCAAGCACACUCAGGCCCAGCGCCCUAUCUGGCAUUCCCUCCAUGAAGCAGAUGCCCUUGGGCCCGCCACCAGGCCUCCGUGGCAGUGGAGACUCGCACUGCUUAGGGCAGACAGUGCGGAGACGGUUCUCAGUGUAGUAAGCACAGAGACGGAUGUACAGACGCAAGGGCUCUCCUGUACCUGCGUCAGGGAUGUGAGGUCACGACUGCCUGCAUGGAGGUGCUGCAGUCACCCUGUGACCACGAGGGACAAGCUAAGAGAACUGAAAGAUCAACUGAAAUUGGCAAGCUUCUGAGUUCCUACUUGGAAAAGAAAAGGGAGGUGGAGGAUCACUCGGUGCACCUGCUUUUCUCUGCGAACCGCUGGGAACACGUGCCGCUGAUUAAGGAGAAGCUGAGCCAGGGCGUCACCUUGGUCGUGGACAGGUACGCCUUUUCCGGGGUCGCCUUCACCAGCGCCAAGGAGAACUUCUCCCUGGACUGGUGCAAGCAGCCGGACGUGGGCCUCCCCAAACCGGACCUGGUCGUGUUCCUGCAGCUGCAGCUGGCAGAGGCCGCCGUGAGGGGCGAGUUCGGCCGUGAACGCUACGAGAGCAGCCCUUUCCAGCAGCGGGCGCUGCAGCGCUUCCAGCAGCUCCUGGGAGACUCGAGUCUGCCCUGGAAGGUGGGCGCGGUACCCGGGCCCUCCUGGGGCCAGCGCUUCUGGUCCUGGGGUUGGUGCAGGACGUGGGUCGGUGCCCUGAUGCUGGCCCAGGGCCCAGGCUCCAGGGCAGCCAUCCCGUGCGGGGGACCCUGUACCGAGCUGGCCGUCCAGCGGGCUCCCGUCCCCUGCCGGACGUCAGCCGCGCGAGGCCAGCAUCUAGAACGCCGAGUCCGCAGGUGUCAGGCCGCGGCACUUUAGCUCCCAUGUAACUGGGUCGAGCGUGGGGCCUUCCAGCCCCUCCAUGUUGACUCCAGGCACCAGGUGGCCCGCACCCGCCACAGCUGCCACCUCCCCGCUCUCCGUCCCCGCAGCCUGGCGCCCGCCCCCCUCAGGGCAUGUGACCUGGCGCUCCGGCCCCUCCUCCCUGCACGUGCCCGCCUGGCACGGCCGCCGCUCCUCUUAUGCUGGCAGUGUCCUCGCCACUCGGGCAGGUUCCGGGGUUGGGGUUCUCGGUUCUGGCACCUCGUGCUUCUCCCUCGCCAUCCAGCUGUGCCUUCCCGCUGUCCUGCUCUGGGUGGUGCUGGUUUGUGGCCAGGGCCGGGGCUCCUCUGUGUGCAGAUCCGAAGUACACCCUUGACCUUUCCAUUUGUCUCCUGUGUGCUCAGUGGGGUGGAAGGAAGGGCGUGUCCUUCCCCAGAUGGAGGCUGCAGCGCGGUGCCUCAGAGCCCCAUCAUCUCUCUGCUGGCUGGUUCUAUCAGCUACUGAAUUCCAGAGUUUUCCUCUGUUUCUUUGGCUGUGCCACGUGGCCUGUGUGUGGGAUUAUUUCCCCGACCAGGGAUCGAACCCCUGCCCCCUGCAUUGAGAGCACUGGACUGCCAGGGAAGUCCCUCUCUGUUUUUUUUUAACGAGUUCUACAUGGUGUAAGUUCCUCUUGAUUUAUACUACAUUUCAGCACCUGCUAGGAACACGACAAGACUUAACAACAUCAGGAACGUGGAAGGGGAAGGCCAGCCGGCGCUCUCCUCUUCUUCCUGCACUGAGUGUUCAUCUUGUCUCGUUUCCCGCGGCUUUAAGAACUUCCUUUAAUGUUUCCUGUAGGGCAGGUCUCCUGGCAUAGCAUUCUCAGCUUUUGUUUAUCUGAAAAUUUAUUUUUCUUAGUAUUUUUCAAAUUUUUAAAGCGGUCACAAACUUACAGAAAAGUUGUAAGUAGGAUACAAGGACCUCUUCCCCAGGACCAUUUGAGAAUAAAUUAGUACCUGACACCCCCUCCCUGUCAAAAUGGGGCCAGUCACAUGGAUCCGCUUCUACAGCCUGACCCCCCUGGUCCCACUAGUGACCCUUGUAACAAAGGACGCAGUUCACAGGCACAUCUCUCUGGUCUCCAGCCUGUGACUUUCUCACCCUCGACUUUUUUGAAGGUCGCAACAGUCGCUUUGUAGCCGAACCUCAGAUUGACUUUGUGAUUGGAUCAGGUCGUGUGUCCUUGGUGGGCUGUCGCUGCCCCGUCACGGGCUGCGCACCUUUGGUGUGUCGCACUCCAGCGACGCUCCCCUUGACCUCUGGGUCAAGUGGUUCACGGUGAAGUCACUCGGCGUCCCUCUGUGAGGUGGUGCUUUGAAACCACGUAAAA